AUACGCAAAACUUUAUUGCUUGCUUUUCUGCAACAGACCAAGGCUGCAAAUCCUAAUCCCGUUUACCCAUGAGUAAGACCAUACUGAAUUCACUAGGGAUUUCUUCAGGUUAGGAUUGCAGUGUUAAAACGGCUACUCAUCUGCAAACUUCACGCGGCGGAGGUGAGAGGUGGUAUUCAUAGAAAUCAAUGGAGGGUUGCUCAAGAUAGCCCUGGUGUUGGCAUUGCACUUUAGAGAUGAGGCUGAGGAUGCUCAAAUAAUCCUGCCCCACGUUGCAGCCAAAGCCAAUCUCUGUAGACUGAUUUCCUCCUAGCCCAAACCCGGCAUUUCUUUGGUUGGGAGAAGCUGGGGAGAAGAAAGGAACGUCAAGCAGAACGAGGAGGAAAGCUGCAAAUCCGACUUGCCCCAGGCCUCAUCCUGCAUUUGCCCUGGUCAAAAUCGUGUCCUUCAACUCUGAUCAGGCCAAUUUUUUACCUGGAUGGAAGAUCGAGAGAUCUUGCUUAUGAACCUCUAAGUCCCCUGCAGACCUGGAUGGCAGGGCCUGACCCAGCAUUGCUUAACCGGAUCCAUGAAGGCAUCUGCUGAGCUGGGGAUCCAGCCCCGCCAGUUCCAACGCAGUGGGAGGAGAGGCUACAGGGUCACGGCCAAAGCCUCCUACGUGGACGAGUCGCUCUUCGGCAGCCCUGCAGGACGACUGAACGCCAGAGCAGAGUUUGACCCGCCGUGGGUGUGUAAGAAAGCUAGUUCUCCGAGACCCCUUUUGUGGAGUCCCAAGACAACACAAUGGGAGGUGGACACCAGCCCCUCAACAGCCGCCCCGCCCACCAGCACUCCAAGAAAGGGAAAUAAAUACAGGCUGAAAAGUCACACCCCAUCCUACUGCGAUGAGACCCUGUUUGGGCCAAAGCCAGGGGGCUGGGAGCAGGCGACUCCCUGGAUGGUGAAGGGUGAAGUGGCUAAGCUCCGCCCUUUGCUUUUGACUCCGCCUUCUGCUGCGAGGGACCGGCCAGUCCUUUCCCCUCGUCCGAAGGACAUGCCCCUGAGAGCCUUCCAUCGGGAGACACCGGACGCCCAGGGCAAAGAGGCAUUUGGAACGUGGCGUGGAGGAGAAAGUUCUUCUUGGGGGCACCGUGAGAACUGCUUAGAUGCAGACAGACAGGACUUUCUGGGGCGGGCGCCCCCCCAGCCUGUUAUCCGGCUGUAUAAAACUUCUGAGGGUUCCCAGGCCCACCUAAACAAGCCAAGGACAAGUGUGGAGCAGGAUCACCAAUGCUCAGUGGCUUCCCCAGGGUCUCUGCCUAGACCACGUUCGAAUAAUUUGUCUGGGUCGUCGUCUGCCAGGGUCAUAAGAGCUACAAGCUCAUGUAAGCCCAGGCCGCCCUGGAAAUAAACAAAUAAAAAGAUUGCUGUUCUCACA